ACAUAAGCUUGCAAUGUGUUCAAUUCUUUUAAACCCAUGAAGGAUAAUAGCUCCCUUUAAGUGUGUGUGUAUGUGUGUAUGUGUGUGUGUGCGUCUCACAUGAUCGUGAUAAGCACCACUCAGGUGUUUUUCAGUAACUGUUGGUUCAUCUAAGAUCCAGCACCGGGACUUCGAGUUGAUGGAGUUGUGUUGUCAAUUAUCUAGGUAACCUAGUUACACAACCUACAGACUACUUAACAAGGAGUAUCUAGUUCUUUUUGUUUCUGAAGCAACUUAAGGCAGCUCUGUUAUAAAUAUAUAUAUAUAUAAGCCUGUAGCUGUUAUUACUUGCAUCUCUCUAGCUACUUCCUUUGCCUAUUCUUAUACAACCAACGUUGACGUGCUUGAUUAGUUGGUCCACCUAUCAGUGAACACCAAACCCACCAGCAACAAACCCAUAUCAAUCCAAGCUUCAAACGCCCUUCUACUCCCCACAACGAAGAAAAACCCCAACCACGAGUAUAUUAUUUCCCAUCGACCCGUUUCUCCCUCAGAUGGCAAAAAAGCAUCACACCCAACCCGGCGACAUAGCGCAUCCCUCAUACGCAUGUCCCUGCAGCGGCCCCUAGCUACUCAAGAUCUGUCCCAACUCGCAUCUCGACAACAACGCUUUAGGCUGUUCUUUGUAAAACGCGUCAUUUGUAGCGCUCGCGCACUUCUCUCGUCGCUGCAUGCAUCUUUUGACCAUGACACCAGAAUCACUCAAGCCCAUCAUCUAGACACGCCACCAAGCACAACACCGACAUCAAAGUAUGAAGACUCACAAGCACAAGACUAUCUCUAG